CGCUAUGUUCACCAGUUCUUCUCGGCUCACUACCGAGCCACCAUCGGGGUCGACUUCGCGCUCAAGGUGCUCCACUGGGACUCCAACACCAUCGUGCGGCUGCAGCUGUGGGACAUUGCCGGUCAGGAGAGGUUUGGCUCAAUGACGCGUGUGUACUACAAGGAAGCGGUGGCGGCCUUCAUCGUGUUUGACGUCACGCGGUCCGUGACCUUCGACGCCGUCAUGAAGUGGAAGAACGACCUCGACGAGAAGGUUCAGCUGCCCAACGGUGACCCCGUGCCCUGCGUGCUGCUGGGAAACAAGUGUGACCUUCCGAAGGAGGGGCUGGCGGCCAGCCCUGACAAGGUCGCCGAGUGGGCACAGCAGCACGGCUUCGCCGGCUGGUUUCAGACCUCAGCCAAGGAGAACAACGGCAUCGAGGAGGCAGCCCGCUUUCUCGUCAGCAAGAUUCUGGCGCACGAGAAGAGCGGCAACCUGGGCGGGGGAGGGGGACGACCCUGACGUGAUGGCCGUGCAGGACGGCGCCAGCUCCAACGGGAGCUGCAGCUGCUAGGGCCGACCUCAGCCGCUAGGGCCGCCCUAGCCUCGCCGGCGUCGGCGGUAACGCGGCGCCAGACCUCGUGGCCAGCCAGCGGGCUCAGCGCCGCUGUACGCAGGGUGGCGGCACUGUCGCUCGCUCAACACUGGCAGACACCAGCUGCCAGCAGGUGGCGCCAAGGUCGACCACAGAUGGGACCACCCGCAGCUGCAGGUGGCAACGAUUUCGCGGAUGGCAUCCGCAGGUGUCACCGUCAAGUGCGGAGCCGGCUGCAGUGACGGCGCUGUCGGCGGUGCCUGUGUUCACUGUCUGUUGCGUAGCUGCCCACUCACCUCUCAUGGGCCUGUUGCCAGUGGGCGGACGCCGCUGGUGCGCCUGCCCUGACGGCAGCCAAACCAACUGCGUCUGUACGGGUGCCAGAGAGCUACAGGUGCUGGCCUGUGCGGGGAGAGUUCGGAAGGGGGAAAAGGAGCACCUCAUGAGCUCCGAGCCAAACGCCGCAAGGUCCGUGUUCAGUGUGCUUGACAUUAGGAGUAAGCACACACUGGCACCUUUUACGCGCUCACAGAUCUGUGCGACUAUCAAGCAUUGCUAUUCUUGGGUUUUGGGAGUGAUGGACGUGAAUUUGAAAUGCAUGGCUUUCAUGAGUGUUCGUCAUUGAUGCCAUUUCGGUGCAUUCUUUUAUGGUAUGAAUGCUGAAAAUAGAAUGAUUAUCUGGG